GUUGGGCCAGAUGAUUUCUUGGUACAACUGGAUUCAAGGGGAAAUUUGCAUCCUUCCAAACACCACCCCCCAAACCUGCCCCUCUAAACCUUUUGUUUACUCGUCUGUUGACCUAUCCUGAGCUGGAAUCAGCAGCCCUUUUCCCCCUGAAACACACACUGUGAGCAGACGACUGAUGGUGAGAGUGAAAAUCACUGAGGCAAAGUGUUCCAUCCCCGCGAAGGGAUGGAACAAGGCACUAGGACCUAGGAGGCGUCUCAUCCACCCUGGCAGGAAUUUCUUGCUUGGAGCUCAGACAACAAAGGCAGAGUGAGCCUGGUUUUCUUUCUCUCAGCAUCUCCACCCUGCGCGCUGAAAACCGCUUCAGAUCUUUAGGGUUCACCAAACUAUGGAACUUGAUUUUGGACACUUUGACGAAAGAGACAAGGCGUCCAGAAACAUGCGAGGCACACGGAUGAACGGCUUGCCCAGCCCCACUCACAGCGCUCACUGUAGCUUCUACAGAACCCGGACCUUACAGGCGCUGAGUAACGAGAAGAAAGCCAAGAAGGUGCGUUUCUAUCGCAACGGGGACCGCUACUUCAAGGGGAUUGUAUACGCCGUGUCCUCCGACCGCUUCCGAAGUUUCGAUGCGCUCCUGGCGGACCUGACCCGGUCCCUGUCCGACAACAUUAACCUGCCUCAGGGAGUGCGCUACAUUUACACCAUCGAUGGCUCGCGGAAGAUCGGCAGCAUGGACGAGCUGGAGGAAGGGGAGAGUUACGUCUGCUCGUCCGACAACUUCUUCAAGAAGGUGGAAUACACCAAGAAUGUCAACCCCAACUGGUCUGUCAACGUGAAGACCUCUGCCAACCAGAAAGCACCUCAGUCCCUGGCCAGCAGCAACAGCGCCCAGGCCAAGGAGAACAAGGAUUUUGUGCGCCCCAAGCUGGUGACCAUCAUCCGCAGCGGGGUGAAGCCCCGCAAGGCCGUGCGCGUGCUCCUCAACAAGAAGACUGCCCACUCCUUCGAGCAAGUCCUCACUGACAUCACUGAAGCUAUCAAACUGGAGACAGGGGUGGUCAAAAAGCUGUACACCUUGGAUGGGAAGCAGGUGACCUGUCUCCACGAUUUCUUUGGGGAUGAUGAUGUGUUUAUCGCCUGUGGUCCAGAAAAAUUCCGCUAUGCACAGGAUGACUUUUCCCUGGAUGAAAGCGAGUGCCGGGUGAUGAAGGGGAGCCCAGCAGGUGCCACGGGCAGCAAAUCCUCCCCCACCCCUCAGAAGAGCUCGGCCAAGAGCCCCGCGCCCAUGCGCCGCAGCAAGUCCCCGGCCGAUUCAGGUAACCACCAAGAUGCCAACGGGACCUCCAGCAGUCAGCUGUCCACACCCAAAUCCAAGCAGUCCCCGAUCUCCACGCCCACCAGCCCAGGGAGCCUCCGUAAGCACAAGGACUUGUACCUGCCUCUGUCUUUGGAUGACUCGGAUUCCCUUGGAGAUUCCAUGUAGAGCGACGCGGAGCGAAAUGUCCACAUUGCAUUUGGGAUACAGCAAAGUACCUCUGCCAAAACAAGCAGAUAGGUGACUGGUGCUUUCAAGUCAAAGGACACACGGUUAAAUGUCAUUUUUGUUCUGUGAUUUCUCCUCUCUGUGCCACAAACCAACACCUGCCAGUCUAUAGAGAUAGAGGGAUACCAUUCUUCUAAGUUACAGGGGCGCAGAAUGGGCAUUGUGAGAAAUUUGGGGCCGACACGCCAACGAUUCUGUGCAUUUCCCAUUUUCUUCUGUUCCUUCUUCUGCUGCAACCAUGUGGUUUUCCUAGUGGUAGUAAAGUAGCUGUCCUGGAGGUGUGCAGGUGGAGCCCUUGCUGAGCACUUUGCAAGCUGGAGCAGAGCAGAUGAUGUUCUCCUCCUGUGCAAAGUGCCCACCUCUGCCAGCUCCUCCUCACUCACAGCCCCAGUUCUGGCACCUGCAUUCUAAAGAGUCUUGCUUUUAUUGUGGAGGCUAGGAAGGGAAUUUCUAGUUUGAUGCUUAAUAUGCCAGCAGAGGCUUGGAUGAGAUUAGGAAUGAUUGCAUCAGAUGCUAAGUAAGGUUAGUACAAUAAUUCAAAUUAUUCAAAUGUUGUUUGGGUUUGCUUUUUUUUUAAUAAUUAAACAAAACCCCAUAAAUCAGCUGAGUUAUCUGGAGUAUAACACCUUCCACAUGCAAUCCAAGGAUGCUGCUAGCUGGUAACAAAUAUUUAUACCUCCCCUAUGGUAUCUCUCUAUCUCUGUUUGUAACAGUAAUGCCUUGUGAACAGCCAACACUGAAAACACUGUGAGAAUUUGUUUUCAGGUUUGACACCCUAUAGGUCACUUUUUAUAGCAAAAAAAUCAAUACACUUUUUAUAAAGGAAAACCUUUUAUCUGUGUUUUGGGAGUAAGGAUUCAAGCUCCUUGUUUUUUAUAAAAGCUGGUAAUUUUCUUUUGUUUAAAAAACACGUUCAGAAAAAAAAAAAAGUACAAAAAAAACCAACCACAACUGCAGAACAAUAAUAACAACAGCUCAGUUUAGAAAUCUUGUCAUCACUGCCAAAACAGACACGUGUAGGGGGGGGAAAAAUGGUCAAUUCAAAGUAUUGAAUGUUUUGAUAGUUUUUGUAAUGUUUAAGACUACGUAUUUGAUUUUUUACACUUCAGUAUUCCUAACUAUGGCCAGAUUCUCUACUUAUAUAACAAAUGAAGUUUUGUGGUGUUCUAAAACCCGUAUUUUAAGAAACUCUUCUAUCUGAGAAAAAACAAACUCGCUGUAUUUAGAGAAAGCUGUUGCUUUUAUUAAUCAGUAAUGCCUCCUCCAGAAUGCAAAGUUCAUCUCCUCACGCAGGGCUGGUGGUUUUUACUGCGCCUCAGCUUUGUCCUAGGCCAGCUGCCAUUGCCUCCCUCCCUCAUGGAAUAAGCUUUGAUAAAACUGAUUCUUGCAGAACUUUACCUAAAUGAAAUCUGUGCAAUCAAUUCUUUCUUUGUUGCUCUAUUUGCCUUUUUUUUUUUUUAUUUUCUUUUCCAACAUAGACACCUACUCCCUGUUGCCUUGCAACCCCUUGUGAUUAGGAUGGAUUUUAUCCUCGUGAUUUUUGAUGCUCCACGAAUGCUGGGUUGUUCCCAAAGCCACUCCAUGUUUUGUUUGCUUGCAUUGCUGGGAUGAAACAAUCUGUGCAGGCUGCAUCUUCCGAGGCUCGUGUGAUCACGCUUAUAAUGCAACUUUUUCAAAGAGAUUUAUCAGAGAGAGGCCAGGAUUGGGAAUUGUCAAGGGGUCAGAGUUAUCAUGCACCAAAUUUGCACCCAGUAGUCUUAGUGCAUGACCAUUUACACCCAGAGUUUUGCACAAGAAACCAUUUGUUCUCACUGGUAGCUUCGUUUGAUUGAAUAACUCUCUGACUGCACAACUGCUAAAUGGUCAUUUUAAAUAUUGUAAAUAGAAUCCUGGGGUUAGUUCACAGGCUAAGGGCUCGUGUUGAGGGUUUGUGGGGGGAAGGACGGUGCUGUGGACAAAGCUUGGGUGCAGUAGUCAGCACACCUCUCAGCCCUUGGCAUUGCUGAAUUUUGUGUCUGAAUGGGAGCAGGUCUCUGAGUAACCCUGUGCCUCAAUCUGUCUGUCUGUCCCUGCAGGGACAGCUCUGUUCUACCUCACUGGGGGUUGUGAGGCCAAAUGUUGGUUAACAUUUGUCAAGUGCUUUCAGAUCCUCUAACAGAAGGUGCUGAAAUAUUCUGGGUGCAGAUUUGGUUAUGGGUGCUAAUUUUUGGCUGUUUAAUCCUCUGAGUGCUACUGUAGACACUGGUCAUGAGCAAAAAGGACUUCUUUAAGCAUAAGGAUGUCAAAGGCCUUGGUUAUGUUAAUAACAAUAUUAUUCACCAGAGCUUUUGUCUUAGGGAAAGCUUUAGUGGGACAGAUAAUUUGACAUGUUUUUACCCUCUCCCCUGUUCUAUUGGUGGGGAUCUGAGUCCCUCCCUGAGCCUCUGCCUUUCCAGGGACCCUGAGCAGUAGCCAUGGAUGGACUGGAGCUGCAGUCCAGGGUUGUCACACGGUGACAGAGCCCAUUCCUGUCACAGUCAGGGUGAGCCUGUCCUGCCACCUGUCCUCAGAUAAAGCAGGAGACCAGCCAUGCAAUCCCAUGCAGGUUCUCUUGCUGCUCAGUGCAGGACACUCACCAGGGAUGCACCAGGAAACCCAAAUUCUUGCUAUCCUGGGCUGCUCUCUGCAGCCUGAGCUGCUGGAGCUGGUGGUGGGAGGAAAGGAAUCUGGGAGAUGCUUUCACCCUGUGAGUGCAGUUUGUGUAAGAGAAAGCUGGAUCCCAAGGGAGGAAUGAUCCUUUGUUUGGAUGGCUGUUGAGAAGGGAUUCCUGUCCUGCCUGCCAAAAGCUCUGUUUGGUUAUUUGGAGAUGCUUUUCCUGGGGGGGCAUCACUAAGGAAUCACUGAGCUCUUCCUCCUGAGCUGCACCUGGUGACACAUCAAAAACCUGAUCCUGCCAGCUCUCCCUUGGGAAUGCAGCUUUGCUUGCAUGAGGAGCAUCCUGUGGUGGGGCUGAGCCCAGCAAUUCCUUCAGGGAAUUAGGGGGACCUUGAAAAGGCCUAAAAGAAUAAUAAUAAUAAUAAUAAUUAAAAAAAAUUGUUCAGUGGGAAAAAUAGCCAUUCAAACCAGCAGAAGCCACAAAGAAAACAGGGUAUGAGGUCAAACUCCCAAGUUUUAAGAAGCAAUUUUCUAGGUAGAAAUGCCUGGGCAGUAGAAGUCAGUGAGCAUUUCAGCUGUAGCAUAGAGUGAAGUCUGUAUUAAUGCCAAUAUUGCAUGAGUUCUUGUACAGAAAUGCAUGUGGAAUGUUACAUACAUUCAGAACUAGUUAUCUCUGGCUUUGUAGGAUCCCUCAUCUAGAUUUGGAUACAGAUAAACAGUGCACAGGCAUCAGACCAUAGUUAUAUAAACAGGACAGCCCUGAUAUAGGAAAGAACUUAGAAGCUUAAAUUUUAGCACAUGCUUUACUCCUGUGUUGACUUUUCACGAGAUUAAGCUUGGGUUUGGUCAGAAAGCUUUCCUGAACUGCUGUGAAUUAGUAAUUACUUCCAAUAUACUAUAGCAAUUCCAGACCCUGUGAGAUCCUGGAGCAGAUGAUAGUAAUUCCACUAUAUACUCCAGAGUUCACCUUUCAUAUUUUUUAUUUAUUUUUUUUUUUACAUUACAAGCUCAUAAAGCUCCACAUGAUAUGAGGAUUUGCCAUAUUAAUUCUGCUAUAAAAACCCUGCCUAAUUUGCCUCAUGAGGCUGCCUUUAGUGCUUUCAGAGACUAAUUGAAUCACUGAGACUAUAUUAUUUUAAAACAAUAGAGUAUUUAAAGACAAAUUGGAGAAACUCUUAAAGUAGCAGGGCUUUGUUUCUUUGAAAUCUGCCUUUUUUUCAGUGUAAUUUAGCAAAUUUGCAUAUAAAGAUGCCCAUUUCAGACACAGUCAUUAGGAAGGAAUAGCACAGACUGAGGGGUUUAACUCUUUUACACUCAGGUGAUGGUCUUGACUGUAUAAGAUGAGAGCAAUGCAGCAAAACCUUCAGCCUUGGGAUUUUUAUCACUAGUAAAGCAUUUAAUAUCCUGAAGUUUCUGGUUUAAAACCUCAUUUGGUAUAAGAUUUGAAGCUAGUUCAGUUCCACCAGCUAAAUAUAUUAAAGUGAUUUGGAAAGAGUUUGAUAAUGGGAUUUUACUUUGCAGAUUUUCCCUACCACUGUCUGUGUUUCCUAUAUCUGCACAUUAUUUAUGGUCUUCUCAGGAGCUAGCAACACUAAUUGUGAUUUUUCCAUAGACAAUAAAAGAAUCCUGCUUGGAAAACAACUCCACAUCUCUCUCACCCUCAGCUAACACAAUUGUAGGCAUACAAAAAACCAGCUGCUAUUUCUCUCUUAUUUGCUUGUCCAGUAUUUUUGAAGGGGAAAAAAAUGAGGUAGAACCAAAAAUUGUGGCAAACAGCAAAGCAGUGUUACACCCAGGCAUUUCCAAUGGGAAACAAGGGCAUUAAAGUGGUAGUUUCUCCUUAUCCAUACGGAUAACAUUUUCUAGGAUGCCUUGUCUUUGCUUUUUCUCGCCUUUGAGGUCAGUGCUGCUCUUCCUGCUGCUCCCCAGCACACCCUUGGGAGUGCUCUGGGAUUCCAGGCUGAAUCCCUACCACUUUUCCAGGGACAACCAUCCCUGGAAGAGUCAUCUUCUCUGCAGGGGCCCUGUGUGGGUUUUCCAGCCUGAGCCUUCCCCAGAGUGCUGAGAGCACCGCAGUGAUUUUGUCGCUGACCCCACAGCCGUGCAGAGCAAACGAGAGUUCUCUUUCGCUGUAGCAGAGGCAGAAUCAUUUUUAGAGAAAGGGAUGAAAAAUAGCCAAGUAAAGUAGAUCUAAAAUUAGUCUAGAAAGUGUCUCCUCAAGCUAAGACAAUCCAAAACCAGAGAAAAGCUCCGUGGAGGUGUGUUUGCCACACGCCAGGUGCUGAUCACGACCACGACGGAACAAAACAGCUUUUUCCACAUGGGGACUUUGGCUCCAGGUUAUUUUUCUGGUUGCUGAUGGAAGCAGGCUGGGACAGCGUUUGGGACUGAUGAGGUUCUUUGCAGAAGCAAAUGGAUGGCAUGAGAUGAGGAUAUUUUUCCUGUGCAUCUGAAGAGUCAGGUCAGUCCAUGCAACAGGACGAGUGCUUUACACAAGACACCUGGAAGAGAUCCAGCUGAAACCCCACCUUGCUGUGCUGAGAGCAGGAAAGUGAAGACUUUAAGUGCCUUCUAACACCCCUUGGGCUUCAGGAGCAGGACUGUGCACGUGCCCAGCAAGGCCUAGGGUUCAAUGGCCUUGACCAAAGGAGGCAGGGCACGCUUUAAGUCUCGAGGUAUUUAGCCCAUCUCUUGAAAAUUGCUCUCUGCAGUACCACAGAAUUCUUCUGGCUGAUGCCUCUGUCCCAUCUGCAUGAAUCUGAGCCUCUCCACAGUAUCUCAGGAAAUGCUACAGCUGAGUCUUGCAUCUCACAGCUGCUCCUCACUGUGGAGUGAACAGGGCUGGGUUCUGCUGCAGUGGUUGUUGAUUCUGCUGUUCAGAUGUUCUUCAUCCUCCUCUGCUCCUGGCUCGAGAGCUGGCUUCUCCUGGUGCCUGCAGGUGAAAGGCUGGGAGCAGCAAUGUAUAGACCCCUUUGUUUUGUUUCCUCUGGAACAGUUCUAGUCAGUGAUGAUUGAAGCUGACAAACCAUCAUUUUAAUAGGGAGAGGGGAGAUUUUCAGGGAAUAUCAGUGGGUGGACAGAAAGGUUUUUUCCAGCAAUGCCAUUGCACAGCUGCUCUGACAGGACCCCAGCUGCAGGGCAUGGUAUGAGUACUACACCUUCAGGUGUAAAUGUGGAGUUUUGGGGUCACAGACCUUGGGACACUGCUCAGAGAAUAUUAAACAAAUCAACACCUAUUUUUGGCCAAUAGAUGAGCUUCUGAGCAAAUGGGAAUCAAACCUAGUGGAUUCAGCAGUGGGGUUUCAGAGCCAUUGGGGUUUCAGAGCUCUUGGGGUGUGGCACAGCCCUGGACAGAUGAUUUCUCCUUGUGCCAUGGUGUCCCAGUGCACAGAGGGCUGGUCCCAAUACUUCACCUGCAGGGUGCUUUGAUCAAAGAGCUUGAUUUUAAAAUGUAUUCAUUGCUCAGUGAAGUCUGAGCACUUUGUAGGAGCAAACUGUGUCCCUGGCAAGUCUCUCACUGAACUCUGGCACUUUCAAAACUCUGCUGCAAAAAUGAUCAAGUAUUUCAGUCAUGGUGAAAGACAGACACCUCAUUUUUAGUUCCCAAUCAAAACCAUAGCAAUAUCCCUGGGAGGAAGGAGAAACCCUCAUCCAGCAGCCCAUUUCUCUCCUGCCUCAAUACAGCCCCCACUGCCCCUCUUUUGGUUAGAUGUAGGUGCACAUAUCAGGCAAUUCCUGCUAGUAGUCAAAAUAUGGGCCUUGUGUUUACAAACAGUGAAUAAGUCUAAUUAUUUCUGUGUCUUUCUACCAAGUGGGCCAGGUGUUGAAAACCUUCUUGUUUAGAAAGUGUUCAUGGCCAGGUGUCUACAUGCCUUGCAAUGUCCUUGCUUAGUGCACUUGAACCCACCUCUUGUGGCUCUUUAUCUCCAUGAACUCAGGACUCUCCAAGAGCCAGUUUGGAGGUUCCCUAGGUCUGACAGUUUAUCACUCAAACUGAAGAAAAAGGAGGAUGCCCACAGGGAAUUAACAAAUCUUGGCAGUAAUUAAUCUGUCAGCUGAAAAAAAGAAAGAUGGCAUCGUCAUGGCAAGAUGCCAUGAUGGAGAACACAGGAGAUGAAGGGAAAAGCCUGUUCCUUAGAGGAUUGGUGGGGAAUGUUUGUUAGGAGAUGGGUACUGAGUCAUUAAAUGAGCUGGAGCUUCAGAGAAAAUCCAAUGGCAGGGAGAGCACGAGGCACAGCACUGGACAUGUCAGUGCCACUGGUGUGUGGGAAUAAUGGAGGACAGAAACCAAGAAAUUCUGGGGACAAACAAAGAAGGAGGCUGCGGCUAGCUGAGGCUCUGUGGCUUGGUUUGGACAGAGGAGCAGCAGCAGCUCCUGGCUGUUGCUUGAGUCACUGUCCCUGCAGGUCCCCAGGCCAGGGGGCAGUGUCUGUCCACAGCACUGUCUGUGCCUCUGUCCUUGGCAGAAAUAAAGCCAAACCUGGCUGCAUUAGGCAGGAGAACUUGGUGUGAAGCUCUUCCCCUGCUGCCAUUUAGCUCUCCUGCCAGCACAUGCCAUCCCUCCAAGGCAGAAGGAAGAUGCAGCACUUGCUCAAGGACAGCACCAAGCUGUGGGUUGGGUUUAUUUGCCAGGAAUAUCAAUCCUUGAUCAGCCUGCCCUGGCCUGGGGAGGACACACCUGGCACUCUGGGGAAUGUAAGAAGUCCAUGCAGAACAUGGACACCUGUGUUUAACACUGGUUUUCUUCUCAAGAGAUCUUUUUCCUGAAUUCUGUUGGGUUAUAGUGCUUGUGAAUUUAAUCCUAAACCACAAAACAACUGACUUAUCCAAACACUUUUUUACUGUAUAGUCUCAGAAUAUUUUUCUGUUGUUGCACAAAGAUUGCAUCUCUUUUAUUUCCAUAAAUUCUCAGACAGUCAGUAUAAAGCAAAUGGAACCAAAUACACCUAAUUUUCUGCUGCUUUAACCAGACAGAAGCUCCUCUGCAAUUAAUUUGUGAAUCUAUUUGGUCCAAGGUUGGUCUCCUAUUUCAAAGAUUGAUUACUGUUGAUAAUUCUUGUGUGAUUGAUUGAUUGAUUGCUUGAGUGCAGAUUCAGUUUCCUGGGUGACAGCUGCAGCCUUUGCAGAGAAAACCUCACUGGCCCCAGUUAAAAAGUCAUCUCUUGUAUGGACCUCAAAUAGCAAGUUAUAGAUGGGAGAUAUUUUCUAUAGUUUAAUUAUAGUUCAUGAUAAAGGUGAAAUAGUGUGUUGAAAAGUUUUAGAAUUGAAAAUUAAAUAAGGAACCUCAGCAAAUCAGGGCCUCCUCCAUAUUUUUUGCUUUUAAAGAGUGUUGGCUUUAUCUCCCUUUACUCUUGCUCUGUCUACCAAUAGAUAUACCCUGAGCCCAGCAGGUUUAUGGAACUAGAAGUAGUAUUUCUAUUUCUACCAAUAUUUUUCUACUCUAGUCCCAGCUAGUACCAGGCAGAAUAGAGAUUUAUGGUUGGCUUGGAUUUUAGAGAAAAGCAUUGCCAAUGUCUCUGAAAUAGAAAGAAAGGUUCGGUUCAUUUCAGGUGACUCAUCUAAACUCAAGGCUGCUUUUGAAUUUAAUCCAAGCUGGUUCUUCCAUCUCUCUUGGCAAGAGUUAUAUAUAGGAAAUGGAGCUAAAUUGGAGUCAUGUUUGCACAGUGGGGUUGUUGCAGAGCACUGGGACUCACCUGGCACGUGAUGGAACAGGUGGUCAGCGAGAGCCUGACCCUGGCUCUGAAUCCCAGAGUUCUGGGAAUCCCAUGCACAGGGUCAGGCUCUGGAAAUACCUGUAAGGGACCAAACGGCCCAGUUUUCAACAUGACAAAUUUUACUUUCAGAGAAUCCCUGAGAAACACGUUGUGGGGGUUAUUUUUGUUGUUGUGUGGGUUUGGGGGUUAUGUUGGGGGAGUAUUUUGUUGCUUUUUUGUUUUAAUUACAGCAGGGCUGCUUUUCUCCAUCUGCUUCCAAUCAUUGCAGAGCAGGUAUGGAUGGACUUGUAAUUCACUUUCCUUAGCAGGUGGCAGGGGAAAUCCUGUGAUAUUCUGUUUCCCUCUCUUGCUGACCCUGCUGUCACAGGGGGGUUGCAGAACACACAGAUUUUUUCCCUUUCUAUCCCUCUCUUUAAGACAGAGGACCUUUUUUCAGAUUUAGUGUGAUGUCUAAUGAUGCAUCUGCCUAAAUAGAAGAAUGUCUGGGGAAUUAAUUGCACUGCUAAUUGGUGUUUUUAGAUAUGGUGAAGCAGGAGUAUUGAAUGUAAGAACAAGGAAGCCUGUGAGUUAUAAUUACAUGCUGAAUUCUGACAUGUGAAACUGUUGUUAGUUUGCUUCUUAUUUAAAUGAUGGGUGAUCCAAGCAGCUUUAGCACCUUGGCAUCCUGGUACAGCUGUGAUUAGCAAUUAGCAGACACCCAGGGUCUUUUGGAAAGAGGAAACCUGUCUAGCCAAAUCUCUUCUGUUCUGUGAAAUGACACAUUCCCCUCCAUAAUUCUCUGGAUUUUGUGACACUGUCGAGUCUGGAAGCACAGGGAAGGAGGAUCAGCCUGCUGGCUUUGCUGUCUCUAGCCUUUGUCUUCUUUCUCAGUUACAAAUCCUGUCCCACGCUGAGGUGAGCAGCUCCCAUCCCCUCAGCCUGAGCUCCUCACGCUGCUCUUGUCUGGAGAGCAGGAGCUGCCUUUGCUCAGGACCCUGUGGCUCCCAGAGCUGCAGAGCCAGCACCCCGUGGUGCUGAGGAAGGGAGAUGUGCAGCUCAACUGGAACCUGGUCGUGGAUUACUGUCUUAGGUCACUCAUUGAGUUCGUAUGAUUUCCUCAUUAACGACAAAGCUGCAAUAUAAUAUAACUGAGAGGCCACGAUGUAUUUUCUCUUGUGGUUCAGAGGGUGGGGGUUGGAGGGGCAGCUGGGUUUAAAGUUUAGCUGGUAUACUUUAAACUCUGUGUACAUAACCUUGGAGGACACGGGGGUGGGAAGGGGUCCGCGGUUAUUUUGGUGGGAUUGGUGAACUUCAGGAUGUUUUUGUUUAAAGAAUAAGGUAUUUAAUUAAUGACAUUGUACAAAGAGCUAUUAAUUUAAAUGGUGCUUUUGUUCUCCUACCCCAGACCUGUCUAACCUUUCUUUUUGGCAAGCCUGCAGCAAUGCUGAUCAUGUUGACUUUUGUACCUUGGGGGAGUGUGUGGAAGGGGAGGGGAAAUGCUUUUCUCUUCAGACAAAUAACGUUGCCCAUAGUUAACUUCCUGCUUGGAUACACACCUUGAAUUCCCUUUAUGCUGAAUUUUUAUGUGAAGGUCUCUUCAAAGGGACAGAACAAGCAGAGGUUAUUCCAAAAGAUCUCAACUGUAUCAUCUUGUAAUAUAUUGCAGCUUUAUGCCAAUGAUUCCUUGCUUACCUGUACACAGUCCAUGCAUGUUUUGAACUAAUUUUACAUUCUCCAUUUGUGGUGAGUUAUUUAGCAUUUUAACCACCUUUUGUGCCAUUCAACUUGUACAGAAAACAUUUUUAUUGACGUUUUAAAGGGAGGGGGAAAAAAAUAAAAAGACCCCUUUCUGCUCUCUAGUUGUAGGUAGAACUCAGUUACUUAGCAAACAGAUGUAGAUGAGUGGUUGUAGUGUUAGAAAUGUUGGCUUGCUCGUGAACAAGCUCUUGAGAGUAAAUGCAUGGUCCUGUACCUCUCUUUUCUUAAUUAGCUCUUCCUUUCCUCCUGGAAAGAUUCUCUCUCUCCCUCUCUCUUACUCUUUGUCUCUCUCUCUCUCUCUCUCUCUCGUGGUUGUAAAGUACAGAUUUGGGCAUAAAUAAAAGGAUAAACGACCAGGUUUGAAAAGCAGUUCUCAACAGGUUCUCUCGGGGAACGGUUUUCUCGCAGUGCCUUGCCUCGGCACGUUGAUCAGAUCCAACUCCCAGGAUCCAGCAGGCGGAGGUCGGUCCCCCGCUGCCUCUGCUCGAGCUGGGGAGCGAGUCCAGCCUUUGGAAAUUCAGCUCUGGUGGAGGGUGAGGUGCUGCUGGGCCCUGCAGCUGAGGCAAGAGCGGCGUCGGCCGUGGCCUCCGCUCCUGGCGGUGGUGGAUGUCCCUGGGACUCGUCCCACGGCCCCUGAUUUGCGGAGUUUGCACACACUUUCGAUUUUCCUGGAUACGCAGCGAGGGGGUGGGGAUGGGGUAUGGGAAUUAUGUUGUUGGGGGGUCUGUAGACAGCUCCUUCUCCACACUCCCGAGCUCUGAGUUGAGGACAAGGGGCUCCUUGUUUAUUAGCUGUGGUUCUGUUGGCAGGAGAGGACAGAAAACGGGCAAGGUCUUGGAAAAGAUGGGGUCACUCACAGAGACGCAUUUUGUAAGAAAUGGACUUAAAGAAACCCCAAAAAGCCGUGCCACAAAAUCACAAAGUGUACCUAGAUCCACACCUCUAUUCCCUAUGGCUCUUCUCCCUUAACAGAAGUUCCUUUUGUCAGAAGAUUUGACUAGGAAAAAAGUCCAUUUUUGUGAGGUGUUGUGAACUGUUUUUACUACUUGUAAUAACCAUCCCGGGUCUGAGUAUUCUUGUAAUGCAAUGCCAUGCAGCAGAGAACCUGUCCACUUUAUAGCUUUGCUCUCAAUAUUUGUUACUCAUUGUUUUCUCAUCUAAAUGUACAUUUGCAAGAUGUGUGUAAUGUCAUUUUCAAAAAAUAAAAUUUGGUUUCAGUAUUUAGGCCGAUAACAA